AUGGCUGCUCCCUUGGACUUCACUCGGCUCAUCCAGGAGCACCGGGAACUUCUCCUGCGCUGGGUGGAGCCCAACCCAGCUCCUCUGCUCCGCCUACUCCAUGACAGCGGGCUCUUGACCCAGUCGGAGUACUUUUCCCUGCUGGAGACCCACCCCAAGAGCAACCAAAUCAUUGCGCUUCUGGACAGGGUCUGCAUCAAGCCAGAGAAUAGCCGGAAGUUCUUGGACGCACUGCGGGAAUUGCAGGAGGCCUACUGUCCUGAGCUCCAGCACUGGCUGGAAAAGAGCUGUCCGGUGAAAGGAAAAGAAGAACCUUCUCCAAGGCAGCCAGGCACGGCAGUGACACAACUAGCCUCGAGGGCAGGAGUGAGGAGGGAAGGGGCACAUUCCUUUCUUGGCAAGCUUCUGGGGGCCACGUUCCGGUGGUGGAUGGGGUCCGGUGUAAAUAUUUGCCUCUGUAUAGUGGGCUAGUUUCCCCACUCCACACACAAGGUAUCCUGGUUCGUAGACCUGCCGGUGGGCAUCUGCUCUCGCACUGCUUUGCCUUCACACUGAGAGCCAGUGUGGUGUAGUGGUUAAGAGUGGUAGACUCGCAAUCUGGUGAACCGGGUUCGCUUCCCCGCUCCUCCACAUGCAGCUGCUGGGUGACCUUGGGCUAGGCACACUUCUCUGAAGUCUCUCAGCCUCACUCACCUCACAGAGUGUUUGUUGUGGGGGAGGAAGAGAAAGGAGAAUGUUAGCCAUUUUGAGACUCCUUUGGGUAGUGAUAAAGCGGGAUAUCAAAUCCAAACUCCUCCUCCUCCUCUUCUUCUUUUUCUUCACAAUCCUUCUCUUUCCCGUUUCAAUCUAGAGCCUCCUCCCAAAACUCCCAAACGAGCUUUGCUGAAAUUCUGGAAUUCGAAGAAAUACAAGCUCCCAGCAGUGCCUGCAGGCAAGUCAUCCCUCCCUUGCUCCAUAGGAGGGCUUGCUUCUGUGUAUAUAUUUGUACCUUUGAGCGGACGGUGGGGUAGUUGGGCUUACUUGGCAUCCAGCAAGUUGCUUUGCCGCUGCUUACCAGGUGGCAGGGGGGGAGGGACGAGACCGCGGUGUGGUCAGUACGAUAUAAACGCAUCGACAAAGCCGAUCUGGCACUCCCACUGGUGCAUCUGCGCAUAGCAUGGGCCUUGCCGCCAUCUUGCUCUUUGCUCCUUUACCUCCUUGUAAGCGGCAAUGUUUCAACCAGGAGGUCAUGUGAGCAUCAUCGCCCCACCAAGCUGUCCACUUAUUUUUGGCCACGAUUUCAAAGCUGGUUAUCUUUAACAUGUAAAAGAUUUGGUGCCAAGAAGGCUCAACAUAAGAACAGUUUCUGUUCUCCGAUAGGUUGCUGGUUCAUAGCUCAAGAUGGGUAGUUGAGGCCUCUUGAGGAGAACUAGCAUUUGGGAUAGGGAUAGCCCAUGAAAUGCCCCACAAAUGUUGUUGGGACUACAACUCCCAUUGCCCCCAGUCAAUGUGGCUUAUGAUCAGGGAUGAUGGGAGUUGUAGUCCUGACCGUCUGGAAGGCACCACAUUGGCUACCCCUGGUUUGAGAGAAGUUGGUCCAGCUUUCUGAAUAUCUGGAGUAGGAAAACCAUCAGAGGAUUAUGGAGUUGGCAAAUUCCUGCCCCUGUUAGAGUGAGGGGGCUGAUAUAAGAGACGUUUGUGUGUGUGUGUGUGUGUGUGUGUUUGGAGUGUGAGUUGGGGUGAGAGAGAAUAUCAUGAAGGUUGAAGACGUGGUGUGGGUUGCAGGCUGGGGUAGCUCUCUCUGUUUCUGAGGAUCUGGUGUGGGGAAGCCUAGCUGUUGCUUAACAGCAGUACACAUUGCUUGCCUUUCCUGAUGCUCUACUGAAAUGAACAUUGCAAAAAGCAUAUUGUUCCGACACUUCAGUAGGGAUAUUAAGGGGGCAGCAAUUUUCAUUCUGACCUGCCUUUGUCACAAUCUGUGCCGUUUCCUUUCUGCUUCAGUUUGGUUUCUGCCAAAUACAAUGUUAUCUGUUGGCUAUCUGCUGUUUACCGUAAUUUAUGUACUUACUUAUUUAUGUUAAGUUACAAAUUUAUCAUAAUUAAUGGCGUAAUUAUUCCCACAAUGUUCACACCAGUGCAAAGGAAACACCACUGUAAUGAGGGGGGAGCCUCCCCAAUUGCAUAUCAUUUGCAGGCUGAAAACAACAAUGGUGAAUGCCAACAUAUUAAAAGGCGUGUCAGAUUUACAUGCCUGGAUAGCUCUGCUUAGACAAAGUUAGUAGCAGGUUCCAAAAACAGUACAGUGAAGAUGCCCGCCUAUUAUCAAUGGGCUAGGAGUUCCAAAGUGUAGUUACUGCUACAUGGAAGCUUCAAUUCCUUGCAUGUGUGGGAUGAACAUUAUGUGGCACUUGAAAUGAUGCUCAGAUCUAUUGACAGUAUGGGGAAAGGGGCUGAAGUGGUAGAAAUGGUUCCAGUUUUAUGCGCUCUUGGAAAUGAUUGCAGAAAGAGCAGUGCAUCAGUCUGCUGGUUUGUGCUGCUUUGUGACAGGCAGGGCUGGUGCAAGUUUGGGGCCUGCCCUAAUGUUAGGCAGAGUGAGAUGAUCGCCUCAGGCAGCAAGUGAUGGGAGCUAGGGAACAGUGGCUAAGAGCUGGACACCAGGCUGCCUGUGCCCCUAAAUCUCCCCUGCUGCCCUCAGGAGGACACUGUCCAGUCCCCAGUGUCAAAAUAAGAUUCCCCUGCCAGUUCAAUCAGCUUCCGUAUGGGAAAUGUGGGAGCCAUCUUGUCCUUUGCCUCGGGCAGCAAAAUCUCUUGGGCUUGGAGGUCUCUGCAGGGCGCCUGUUUCCUAUGCACUAAAUGUACUCUUGUCAUGGCAGAUGAGGAAAAGAGCAACGACCUGACGUUUCGAAGAGCCCUGAGCCGACAACUCAAAGGUAACGGAGGAGGAGGAGGAGGAGAAACAGCAAUGAAAAGAUGUGCAAGCAGAAACCAGGACAAAGAGGGGCUUCAGUGCAGAAGAGGGUGGGGAAUUGUUUUCAGACUGAGGGCCACAUUCCUUUGUGGGCAACCUUUUGGGGGCCAGAGACAAAACUGGGCUGGGCAACAGAGGCAACUCAUAACUUUGCAUGGCAGGUUACAGUCCAGCCUUACAGAGGUCAGAGAUUUACCCACUCAGCUCCCUGCCUUUCCAUCCUCUGUCCAGGCAAGCAAGAGGCAUUGGCAUUCUCACACUAGAUUAAGCAGUAUCUGAAUCUUGUUAAAUAAGCAGCAUAAUAUAAUUAAUACAUAUAUGAAUGCUAAGGAAGGCAGCGAGGAUAAAGACGGAUUGCUCAGCACAUGAAUCUUGCAGCUGCCAAGGAAACUUUAGCUGCAAGUUUCCUACACUGAGCAGGGGUCCCUUCCAGCUUUAAAAAUGCUAUGUUUUUAUGGCCACAUCUAAAGCCAUAAAAUGCUAUGUUUUUAUGGCCAUACAUCUAAAGCAGUAUUAUACCACUUUAAACUUCCCCCAGGGAAUCCUCGGAAGUUUAGUUUGUUCAGGGGUGCUGAGAGUUGUUAGGAGACCCCUAUCGCCUUCCCAGAAUUACAACUCCCACUGUGGUUUAACAUUCAAUAAUUCUUCCCAGGAAACUCUGGGAAUCGUAGCUCUGGGAGAGGGGAAUAGGGGUUUCCCUCAGCACCCUUAGCCAACUACAGUUCCCAGGAGUCUUUAACUGUAUGGUGCCUAAGACGUCUGCCCAUUGCAACAAUCCUGCCCAUUGCAACAGUCUCUGCGUCUCCAGUAAAGAUCCCCAAAGUAUGAAAUGCAUGCAAAAGAUGGGUUCACACGGAUGUGGGUCUAGAGAGAUUUUUUUUUCAAACGGGAGCUGCAAACUCAAGGGAUGGAUCUCCUUGCCCUACAAUAGUCAGCUCUGUACAUUCCAUCAGGAUUAUCCGCUGUACUUUUCUGGGUCUCCUCCUAACCUUUUGCUCCAACUGCUACCCUCCUGCCAGCUGCUUUGCAGAACCACCGCCGCUCCCUGCUGACCCGCACGGAGAAGCUUUGCACCAACGUGGACGACACCGAAACCUGCGGCCACAUUGAGAUCCGCUACACCGACCUGCUGCUGUCUGACAACCCUCGCUCCGCUUCCAGCAGCCACGACUACUUGCACCUGGCCUCCCGCCGUGCCCGCCUCUACUCCCUCCACGCUCCCCGCCGCCUGGCUCUGAGCCAGCUUUUCUCCCCGCUCCCCGAGGAGAGCUCCCCACCUCGCCGGGUGAUGCUGAGCGGGGCUGCUGGCAUCGGCAAAAGCGUUGCGGCCCAGAAGAUAAUCCACGACUGGGCGUUGGGCGCGGCCUUCCAAAAGGCCCUUUGCAUGCUAGACUUCUCCUUCCGGGAGCUCAGCCUCAUCAGGACACCCCAGAGCCUUGAGGACCUGAUCCGCAGCAAGCACGUCCACCUGAGCGGGGUUCUCCCCGAGCUGCUAGAUCGGCCUGGGGAACUUCUGGUGAUUUUAGAUGGCCUGGAUGAGUUCCGGGACUCCCUCGACAGCAAGAAUCCCUGUUUCCAAUCGGACCAGCCGGCUCACAUCAAAGAUCUGGUGCACGGCCUCCUCUAUGGGACUUUGCUACCUGAGGCCACCAUUGUGGUCACGUCGAGGCCUUCUGUUGCCCUUCCAGAGGACCUCUUUGACCGCCAUGUCAUUAUCCUUGGCUUCCAAGAGCAGCAGGUAAAGGACUACUUCUUCCGCUUCUUCCGUAACCCGUCACGAGCUGCCGAUGUGCUUGGUUACGUAUCUGCCCACGAGGGCUUAGCCAGCCUCAGCUUCAUUCCCCUCUACUGCUUCAUUCUCUGCACAGCGCUGGGGGAAUUCUUCCCAUGGACAGGGGAGAUGGAGGCCUCUCCACCAAGCACCAUCACCGAGGUCUACCGCCAGUAUUUGAGCACCAUCCUCCGGCUGCGACGAACAGGGGGAGCCGGCGGCGCCUUGGAAAAAGCCAAAGACUUGGUGCUGCAGCUUGGCAAGCUGGCCUAUGCUGGUCUGCUGAGGGGGAAGGUUGUCUUCUACGCAGACGAGCUGCGGGGUUUCGGCUUCGACCCGGAGAACCUGCCCGGCACUUUCUUGAACCGGAUCUUCUUCAAGGAGAAAGAUGAGGUCUACGGCUUCUUCCACUUGACCAUACAGGAGUUCUUAGCUGCAUUGUACUCGGUGGCUAUCUUGGACCCCAGUACUGAGGAGUUAACUUCUUGCCUGGAUCUCUGGUGGGAUGGAGAAGCUCCAGAAGGUGGACAGGCCGAGAGACUUCUGCCCCCACCAGAUGGACGUGCUGUGGCUGGACUUCUCGGCUACACUAGAGAGUUCCUGAGCGGAGGCCAACAGUGGGACAACCUGCAGAUGUUCUCCAGGUUCUUCAUGGGCCUCUUGAGCUCCAGGAUGCAGGGGAAGCUGGAGAGCUUGGCUGGGGGCCUAACAAAGGAUCCCCUUGUGCCUUUGGCAGAGUGGCUGGGGAAGAAAGCUCAGUACGAAUCAGACCGGAAGCUGCUCUCCUUGCUGCAUUGCCUGGCGGAGCUCCACCAGGACUGGGUGACGCAGAAGGUGGCUUCCAACCUGGAUGAAGUGGAUCUGUUCAAGGUGACCUUGAACCCAGCUGACUGUGCAGCCCUGGCCUACGUCUUGGGCUGCUCGGAGCAUAAGAGGCUACGGAACCUCAACUUGAGCUACAGCAACAUGGGCAUCGGGGGGCUGAGGCGACUCCGGGGGCUUCUCCAUCGGUGUGAGACUCUCCAGUGAGUACCUGGUUGGCAGUGUCCUAGGCCUUGGCCAUAUGCUGUAGGCAGUGGCUGCAGGAUUCCAGCAUCCUAUGCCCUGCUAUGAAUAUGGGCAAGCAGUGGCAUUCAGGUCAGGUGUCCAAUGCAAACUUGCAUCAUGUCUCUCCCAGGAAUUCUUGGGAUAGUUUGGCAAGGGUACUGUGAAUAGCCUGUAAGAGACCCCAAGGCCAAGCCACAGAAGUUCAACUCCCACAGUGCUCUGUAUGCAGAGGGAAUAAUGGUAAUAACUAAUAAUAACAACAUAUUUAUAUGCAACCCAUCUGCCUGGGUUGCCCCAGCCACUCUGCGUGACUCCCAACAAUUUUUUUAAAAAAUAAAAACAGAAUACAACAUCAAAUACUAAAAACUUCCCUGAACUGGGCUUGCCUCCAGAUGUCUUUUAAAAAUCCAUUUUAAGUCUGCAACUUACAUAUGCCCUUAGUGUUUAAAGGGGCAGGAACAGAUUUGGAUGUCGUUGAAUUUAGUUAUUUAGAUAAAUUCCAUGCACCGCUUGCAAACUCAAAGCGGUUUACAAGCGGAGGAAAACAGUAAAAUUAGUCUGUGCUACGUAUUCAGACCUCUUUGGAGUGUUAGGGGAGGGGUAGUACUUCUGGUGGGGGACACCCCAUGUUCCUUCUGGGGUAGUUUGUCCACCUUUGGUCUGUACCAUGUGCUCAGCUCUCACCUGCAAUCUCCUGUUUUCCAGGUUGCGGUACAAUUCUCUGGACUGUGAGGCGGCAGCCAUAGAAGCUGAAAUACUCAGGUCCCCAAGAUGCCAGGUGAAAAGACUUCUGUGAGUCACCUUCUGUGUAUGUGUGUAAUAUAACCUACGGAAGUCUUGACAUCACUCCCAGUGACACAAUUACCGUAUUUUUCCAUGUAUAAGACGCCCCCAUGCAUAAGACAACCCCUACCUUGGGGGACUCAAAUGUAAGAAAAUGGGGGCAGAUGGCACAGAGUUGUUGAACUUUUUUUUUUUGGCAGAGGAUUGACCAGAGUUGUUGCAAAAUCCGUCUGUCCCAUCAUCGGCAGAAGCUGCCAAUCACCCGCCCAAUUGCCACACCGUCAGCAAAUCAAACCAGUCAUUGAUGCAGCAACCAAUAACAUGCACAAUAGCUGCUGACAGCAGCGGCAGCAACCAAUCAUACAUCUUCCCUAUGCUCCAUUCCAUGUAUAAGAUGACCCCCACUUUUUACCAUAAUUUUUAAAGAAAAAACACCUAGUCUUAUACACAGAAAAGUAUGGUAUUAUUAUUAUUAAUAAUAAAACUUUGGUGCUUUUUUUUUUUUAAGUGACUCAAAGUGACUUAGGAUAGGGUUGCCAUAUUUCAAGCAGCGAAAAUCUGGACAAAAACAAAUUGUUGACCCUCCUUUUAAAAAAAUUCCCAAAGCUGCUUUUUUGGGGAAUUAUCCCAAGCUGUUGAGUUUUUUGGAAAAACCCCCACAAAAUGUCCGGGACGUAUGGUAACUCUACUUAAAAACAACAAUGCACCACACUGAAAGAAGGUCACAGAUAAGUAAAAGCCAAAGACCUGGUGGCAAAUAAAUGAUUUUGCCUGGUACCUAAAGAUAAGUAACGAUGGUGCCUGGUGAGCCUUCCUGGGGAGAGCAUUUCUCAAAUAGGGAGCCACCACUGAAAAGGCCCAUUGUAGUGUUGCCACCCUCUGGACCUCCCGUGGAGGAGGCACAUGAAGAAGGGCCUCAGAUCACGAUUACAGGGUCAGUUCAUAUGGGAUGAGGUGGUCCUUGUUUUAUGGUCAUAUCCACAUCAUGCAUUUAAAGGAAAUGGCCUUCCCCAAAGAGUCCUGGGAAGCAUAGUUUGUUUAAGGUGCUGGGAAUUGCCGCUCAGUGAGGAGUAAGCUACGGUUCCCAGGAUUCUUUGCCGAAAGCCGUGUGCUUCCAAUGUAUGGCAAAGGUUUCAUCUAUAUCUCUUAUCAUUGUGGUUCUAGUCCAUAGAAUCCUAGUAAAUUAAGACAGCUCAACUGCAGCAUGUGGCUUGGUUUAUUUGCUCGAGUUCUCUAAACAGCUUUAGUUCUCUGAAGCUCUUUGCUUUUGUAUAAUAUCCCUGCCUCCUCCUUGAGAUGGCCCACUGCUUAGAUUCCAUAGGAUUCUGCCUUUAACUGGGAGUUCAGACCUCGUGACCCUCUAGCCAGUUUCAGCUCUAUGGAAGUAAAAUCCUAAUUCCCAGGAAGGGUGUGUUUUGAUUCAUUCAUUCUGAUGGGAUAAUUUGGAACUGGGGUUUUCCUGUACAGGAAUUCACAAUGUGUUCGUUUGAAUUCCACUGAUUAUGGGAGUUCCUCUUUGCUUUAAGUUAAACUUCUCUCUCUACCCCCACCAUUUUUUUAAGGUUUUGUGGGAACUGCCUGGGCUCUGAAGGGGUGAGGGGUUUAUGGGAUGCCCUCCAGGAGAACACCACCCUCGAAGAGCUCUAUCUGGAUAUCACAGGAAUCACAGAUAGCGGCUUAGAUAAUAUUAUGGAUUCCUUGAUGGGCAACAGAACGCUCAGGCUCUUGACGUAAGUAUGCUCUGAUGAUAUUGCAUUAUAAUAUUUUGCAAACUUCUGGAAAUGAAAUCACAAGCCUACCAGAAUAGAAUUUUGGCAGGAGGUAUAAUUGAUUAGAGGCGAUCACAUUUUUGCAAAGAUCCAAACACAGAGGAAAUACAACGCAGUGCUAUGCAAGAGGAAUAAGGAAUACUGUUGUAUACAUCUAGGAAUUUUUACACACACACACACACACACACACACACACACACAAACAAACACACCCCAGAUAAUACCUUCAUAAAUUUCUACAAUUUUUAUUUUCUUAAUCCAACAAGUGCUGCAGUUUCUAUAGUGUGUUUUGCAGAAUAUGUAAUCAUCAGUAUAGUUUUUCCCUCCCCCAAAUUUAAAUAUUUAAAGUGUGCAUGCAUAGAUAUACUUAUCAGAUUUGGUUUUCCUUUCCACUGCAUUUGUAAAUAAAAUUACUAUAUAAUUUUAGAUGUGGGGAAUGAAUUUCCUCAGUUGAGCUGCAGUGAGGAGGAAGGGAAAGCCAUUAAGUCAGAGGUGGGUGGGACACUUGUGGCCUUCCAGAUGUUUGCUGGACUAUGACUCAAAUAAUCCCUGACCACUGGCCAUGCUUCCUGGGGGUUUGGAUGGGAGUCGAGCUGUUGGAAGUGAAACAGCAGGGAUCGUUCAGUUUGGAGCUUAAGGGUUAAUUCUGUUAAAGUUAACUAUCCAAGAGGGAGACUGGUGGGGGUGUUGCUUUAGCAACAAGUCAGAAUGGCAUGACCUUUGCUGAGGUAGUACAUUUUCUGGCUGUGUGGUUCUGAGGGAGUGCUCCCCUUGUAUUUUUCGCCCUAAAACCCUCCUCACUUGUUUCUUGGGCAUGUGUGUGUGUGUGUGUGUGUGCGCGCGCGUGUGUGAGAGAGAAAUCGAUCUACAUGCUCUCCUGUUACAAGGUCUAUGUCGAUCAUGGGUUGCAUCCUGGCUGAGUUAAUUACACUAAAUUAGUUGUUAGGAGACCCCAAUGCCCUCACAGAGCUACUAUUCCCAGAGUUCCCUAGGAAGAAGGAUUGAUUGUUAACCUAUUCUGGGAACUGUAGCUCCGUGGGAGGAAAGGGGGCUCCUAACAACUCUCAGCUCCCUCAACAAACUACAGUUCCCAUGAUUCUUUGGUGCAGGGGGGAGUCGUGACUGUUUAAAGCGGCAUCAUAACACUUUCAAUGUAUAGUGUGCAUGUGGCCUAACAUAGCUUGGACCCAACCCCAUGUCUAUCCACAUUUCCCCCCCAGUGUACCUUUAUAACACCUGUCUUCUUUUCUCAGCAUUGUGGGGAACCGCCUGAGCAAAGCCGGGAGAGAAGUCCUCUCCGAGUUGAGUCGCAGAAAGCCGGAGCUCAAGAUCAUAAGCAGUUUCCUGUCCGACAUGGGGCUGCUGCAGGCAUAUUUGGACUGGGUGGAAGAGAUCAAAGCGGACCAGGAACAGAUGGAGUCAGUCAAGAACGCUGACGCCUUGCGUUCUGUUCUGGAAGUUCUGGAGGAAACAGAAGAUCCGGGAGCCAGCCAGGAAGCUCGGGAAAGAGCGGAGCUACUGAAGAAACAGAUCACUGUCCUCCUGGGGGAGGAGAAAGCAAGAGAAAAUGGGACCCCGUGAUGUCUACUUGGCUUCACCUGUCCUGCAAAUGGAGGCAUCUACUGGGAGGCCAAAGGACACCAUCUCAACGGGUGUAUUCUGCAACAGGUUGCGGAUGCAAUAUUAGGGCAUUAGUGGUAGAUUUGUACUGGACCGUCCACACAUCAUUCUGCCGUUGUUCUGCGAUGCCUCAUUAGUGUUACCUUGUUCUUGCUCUAUAGCGCAACAUUCCCCCAGGGGUUGUUAGGUAUGAAAAGUUACUGAACUUCCAACAGGAAGCUACUACAGGGCGUGUAAGUGAUUAGAAAUGAAGCCCUGAAAUGUUUGAAGGUGCAAACAGUCCUAAGAUCAGGAUCAUGUGCCCCAACAUUAGCACAAAUCCUUGUGGGUGCCUUUGUCUGCCCUACCUGCAAUAGAACAUGUCUCUCCUGUAUCUACAGCCACAGCAGGCGCUGUAAUUCUCCAACUGUUUGACUUCAACCCUGAAGGCGCAAUCUUCCAAUGUCUCCCGGAGACAGACGGAUGCCAACUGCGCAUCUGUGGACGCACAAUAUAAAGGACCUCUGGAUGGGCACCUCAGCCUACCCACAGCUUUUUCUGCAUGGGGAAAUCUCCCUACCCUACUCAGCCCCUGGGUCACAGGAAGCUGUCUUUAUACUAGGUCAGUUUAUUUGUUUGUGCUCUGUGCUAGCAGCUGCUCUUGGGAAGACGUCUCUUGCAUCACCAUGGAUGGGCACAUCUGGGCCUCUGUGGUCAGAGAGGGGACCAAGGGCCACUGGGAGCCUGCACCCACUGCCUCCCAGGAAUAACAUUUAAGGCAAGGGGGAGACCUCAUUGGUCCUAUUGAUCAACUGGAGAAGGGGAAGCUGCGAAAAGGAGCUUGCUUCCUGAGAAAACACUGCAGAAGCAAAGGCGGAAGGACGCUGUGACCCCAUCCUUCAGCCCAAGCAGGGGCUGGGAGCUUCUUUUACCCUGAGGACCACUGUGGCGUUCGUCCAUUCUUCAGGGAUAUGUUUGUAUUGGGGGAGAGAAAGGGUUAAUAGGUGGACCAAUAAGAAAGCCCAGAGGCGGAGUCUACCUGAUUUUGAGGCUCAGCCCACAGGUUUUGACAGUUAGCUCCGUUGGUUCUUUUGGGAGGGGAGAUAGAGGAGUCAAAGGGAGUUAGAGACAGGAACAAGACUGAGAGGGAAUAGAGUGACAGCGUUUCGAAUAUUUUAAAACUUGUUUGUGUUUGAAAUAAACUUUAAACUUCAUUGUUAA